AUGCUAUUACCAUAACUCAAGCUUAGCCAUUCUUCUCUUCUAAUUCUCUCUAUCUACUUAUCCAAAAUCAAAGAAUUGGAGAAAACCAUGAAGGUCAAAAUAGAAAGUUCAAAAAUCAUUAAGCCUUUCUAUGAAGACAACAUUAUCCCUCCUUCUACUAAAUCCUAUAUUCCCCUUAGUGUCUUUGAUAAAGUCACUUAUGAAGCCCAAAUUGCUAUCAUCUAUGCCUAUCGCCCUCCCACUCCACCAAACGCCGCGAUUCAAUUGGGGCUUCAAAAGGCCCUAGCGAUUUACAGGGAGUGGGCAGGGCGAUUAGGUAAAGACGAAAAUGGUAUUCCAGUAAUUUUGCUCAACGAUGAAGGUGUUCGAUUCGUUGAGGCAUCAGCGGAUAGUACCCUUGAUAAAGUUAUGCCCUUUAAACCUUCAGCUUCUUUGCUUAACUUACAUCCUAGCUUGAACAAUGUGGUCGAAUUGGUGCAAGUUCAAGUCACAAGGUUCACUUGUGGCUCGUUGGUGGUCGGGUUCACCGCCCACCAUACUGUGGCGGAUGGCCAUUCCACUAGCAACUUUUUAGUUGCAUGGGGUCAAGCCUGUCGAGGGCUUGACAUAAAUCCUCUUCCUUUACAUGAUCGUACAAUUUUCAACCCUCGAAAUCCUCCUCUUAUUGAGUAUGAGCAUAAGGGGACCGAGUUUAUGUCAAAAUCAGUUAAAAAGGAAAAUUCACUCAAUGAAAGUACUCAUCAUGUAAUGGAAGAUAUAGUGGUGCACAAAGUCCAUUUCACCGUUGAGUUUCUAGCAAAACUCAAAGCAAAAGCCUCUUCGAUGAACAACAACAAUAACAAUAACAGUAACAAUAACAGACCUUAUAGCACAUUUGAAAGCCUUGUUGCACAUUUAUGGAGAGCCAUCAUUAAAGCGCGAGGCCUAAGUGGCUUCGAGACAACUCAUAUAAGAAUCUCAGUAAAUGGUAGAAUGAGGUUGAACCCCAGAGUACCUAAUGAGUACUUUGGAAACUUAGUACUAUGGGCAUUUCCAACAUCAAAAGUGAAGGAUCUUUUAAGAGAGCCUCUUCCUUAUGCAACAAAGCUCAUUCAUGACGCGGUUGUAAAAGUAAACAACAACUAUUUUAGAUCGUUCAUAGACUUUGCUAAUCACAAAGAUGAGGAUCUCAUACCAACAGCAGACAUGAACAAACACAUAUUAUGUCCUAAUCUCGAAGUUGAUAGUUGGUUAAGGUUUCCAUUCUACGACUUAGAUUUUGGAACAGGGUGUCCGUACAUGUUCAUGCCUUCAUAUUUCCCAACAGAAGGGAUGAUGUUUCUUCUACCAUCAUUCAUUGGAGAUGGAAGCAUUGAUGCUUUUAUUCCAUUGUUUCAAGACAACUUGCCCACCUUCAAGAAAAUUUGCUAUUCUUUAGAUCUUGCUUGAGAAUUAAUUAUUACUCAACUAUGUCAUGAUAUGAAAAUUCAUUUGCUAAUUCCAUUUUGUGUUUUUAA